AUGUCUGACUCCGAGGAUCCCCUCGAUGCCGUCGACGAGGGCGGAGAGGAUCUCUUUGGUGACGAGGGCGACGACGAGGCGGCGUCUCCUGCCGCGCGCGUCUUGACCGAUGAUGAUCUUGCUUCGGAUCCUGAUGAGGACCCGGACGCACGGCAUCGCGACUAUGACGAUGCUCUGCCGCAAGAGACGCGGGACAAGGUCGUCAUUGAGCAGCCCACCUACCGCCAUCGGGUCCCGAAGCCCAGAGACGGCAUGCUCCGGCUACUGCGCGUGCCCAAGUUCAUCAAGUUUAUGCCCGAAGUCUACGAACCAGACCUUUUCGAGCCUUCCGAGUUCGACCUGGCCAACGCCAAAGCUGAGCAGCCAAGAUGCGUCGCGCGCGUUCAACGUGAUUCCAGCACGGGCAUACUUAGGAGUAACACCAACGUCUACCGCUGGAGCGAUGGCUCCGUCACCAUCUCCGUCGGAGGAGAGCACUACGAGAUUCAGAAGAAGCUGCUGGCAUCCGGGCCAGACAAGCCGUACAACGAGCUCCACGACGGUCACUGCUACGCCGCGGCAGCGGAGCUUGGUAGCAACAUGCUCAUGACGGUCGGUCACCUGAAGGAGCAGUACAACGUCAAGCCAAACAAGGCCGUUGGCGAUGACGCCCUGACUCUCUUUGCGGAGCGCAUGGCCCAGGCCAGCCAAGCGAUGAAAGGAGAGGACAUGAUUGUGCGAACGACGAGAGAUCCCGAGCUGCAGAAGAGACAGGCCGAACUGGCCGAAAAGGAGAGAAUGAAGGCCCAGCGGCGGCGUGAGAAUGCCGCAGCCAAGAUGGACGGCGGCCUCGGACGCUCUGGUCGCGGGGGCCUGUCCAUUGGGGACCUCGAGGGCGAGCGGCGCGGGGUCGGAGCCGGACGCAAGAGGGGAGCGCCAGGCUCGACGAAGCCUAAGCGGCGGCGGCCCGAGUACGACUCGGACGAUGAUCUGCCGCAGGGAGUGGGCCGGCACGAGGACUACGACAUGGACGACGGCUUCCUCGUGGCAAGUGAAGACGAGGAAAUGGAGAGCGGCGCCGAUGGAGACGAGGAGGAAGAGGAAGAGCUGCUCGGCUUCGCCAAGGACGGCGGUCGCCGGUCCAAGAGGCAGAGGACGACGGAGGCCGAGGGAGACGAGGAUGCAGAGGGUGACGAGGUGGAGCUCGCGGGCGACACGGCCGGUCGGGCCAGGAGGCGAAACGUGGUUGACGACGAAGACGAGGAAGAAUGA